UAGAAACCCUUUUAUUAAAGGGAUGUCAUGACCUCGAGAAGUUACCUUCAGAGAUGGAAAAUCUAGUCAACCUAUGUCAUCUUGAUAUCAGCGGUGCAGAUAGAUUACAAGGCAUGGAAAAUAAUUUUAGCACCCUAACUAAUCUUCAAACACUUGCCCUUUUUGUUUUGGGUAAAGAGAAGGGAUAUCAGAUAAGGGAGCUAAAGGAUUUGUCAAAUCUCAAGGGCCAACUUCAUAUUUCAGGGUUACAGAACGUUGUUGAACCUCGAGAUGCAUGGAUGGCUAAGUUACAUGAUAAGUCAAGAAUCGAGAAACUAGAACUAAGCUGGAGUAAAGACUUUAAAAAAAGAACACAAGAAGACGAGAGAAAGGUGUUGGACGGGCUUCAACCUUCUAAAAUGCUUAAAGAGCUCACCAUUAGCUUCUACUGUGGUGCAACGUUGGCAACUUGGGUAGGAGAUUCAUUCCUCAAUGAUUUACAAUCUUUAUUCCUUGAUGAUUGUCCAAAUCUAUUGUCAUUGCCAUCGAUUGGGAAAUUGCCAUUGUUGAAAAAGGUGCGUAUAAAGGGAUUGGAAAGGGUAACUAGUGUGGGAGCCGAGUUAUUUGGAGAAAAUGCUCCGUGUGCGUUUCCUUCAUUGGAGAUUUUACAGUUUGAGGACAUGCCUAAAUGGGAGAAGUGGAACUUGCGUGAAGUUGACGAGAAAGCUAAGAAAUUUCCAAGACUUGGUGAACUUGUUAUUCAAAAAUGUCCUUUGUUGUCGGGGAGUAUACCAGAACAUCUUCCUUCUUUGGAGAAACUUAUGAUUCAUGACUGUGAGAAAUUGACAAUUUCAAUUCAAAGUUUUCCGGUGCUGUCAGAAAUAAAAAUUCAAAGGUGCCAUGAAGUAGUGUACAAAGGUUUUGGAGGAGAUAGCUCAUUAAAAAGGGUGUCGUUUUCAGGCAUUUCCAAGUUCAGCUGUGCACCAGAAAGCCUGAGGUUAAGAUCCAUAAAAGUAGAAUCCCUUGAGAUUGAUAACUGUGAAGAGUUGUGCUCUUUUCAUGAGAAUAAUUGGAGAUGGCUAACUCAGUCCAUGUCCCUCCGCAUUUUGAAGAUUAGAAAAUUUCAACGACUUGUCUCCAUUGGAGCAGAUGAUGAAACAGAAGUAUCGAUGCAACUGAAGAUCCCUUACAACAUUGAACAGAUGACGAUAAAGAGUUGCGAAAGGCUAGAAAAGCUAUCAUUGACGUUGCACUGCCUCAGAUCAGUUUGGAUGAUAGAGCUUUACUCUUGUCCAAAACUAAUUUCUCUUGGAAGGAGCAACUUGCCUUUGAACCUGAAAGUGCUAAAGGUUUACACUUGCAGAAAUUUGCAAUCUUUGUUGUUGGAUGAAGAAGAGAAUGUCAACUCUAAGAAUGCAUGUGUUCUUCAGCAGUUGGAUAUUUACAGUUGCCGUUCUUUGAAGAGAAUAAACAGAAGUGAGUUACCCUCCACGCUUAAAGAACUUGGAAUAAAUGGGUGUUCAAAGCUAGAGUCCAUAGCACAACAACUUCAAGAUAACUCCUCUCUCGAAUCUAUCAGUAUAUUCUGGUGUGAUAUGAUCAAGGAUUUACCUCAACGAUUGAACAAGCUAAGGCACCUCCAAUGCAUAUACAUAGAGCAUUGCUCGAAUUUAGUUUCCUUUCCAGAGAGUGGUUUGCCCACCACAAGCCUCAAAGUGUUCCGCCUUGCAAAUUGUGAACAACUCCAAGCUCUACCCCAGAAUAUGCACUGCCUCAACUCUCUUGAGGAAUUAGAAAUAUCAGAUUGUCCAAAUGUUACAUCUUUACCGGAACAAGGUAUUCCUACCAAUCUCAGGUCACUUAAAAUUAGAGGACCAAAUAUCUGUAAGCCAAUAAUGGAGUGGGGAUUGCAUAGACUCACCUCUCUGAGAUCUCUGUGGGUAUCAAAUGGAUGUGCAGAGGCAGUGUCAUUUCCACAAGACGAGAUAGGAAUGACACUGCCCUCCUCUCUCACCCGUCUCGAAGUUUGGAAUUUCCCCAAGCUGGAAGUCUUAUCCUCCAAUGGCUUUCGUAACCUCACCUCUGUCGAGAGCUUGAUCAUCAUAGAUUGCCCAAACCUCAGGUUUCUUCCGGAAAAGAACAUGCUUUCUUCGCUUUUGCGUCUAUAUAUAUCCUCUGGAGUGCUAGAAGAACGGUGUAAGGGGGAUAAUAUAUCCCACGUACCUUUCGUUAGCAUUUCAAGUUAA